UUUUUGUAUUAAAUUAAUAUUCAUUUGGUUUUGAACGAAUCAUUGUAAAAACGGAUUUUAGUGUUAACACACAAUUGAAAAAUUCACAGUGAAUGAUAGCUGACGUUCCUCUCAAAAUACAUACUUCAAAGGAAGUAAGUUAGUAUCCUAGAAGCGAAAAUCCUAAAAAAAAUCAUAAUAGAUUACCCAAAAAAUUAGGUGUGGCUAUGCAUUUGUGUAUAUGUCGGAUUUAAAUAAAUGUGUCAGGAAUUUAUGUGUUCAAAAUUUCCAAGCCAUAAUUGUCACACCCUUUUAAUAACACUUAUACUAGCGAUUUAUACUCAAAAGCCUUACCAUCAGAUCGGCGAUUUUGGCCAUCAGUAAGAUAAGGAUAGAUGGCUCAGUUUAAACGCCUCAAGUAUAGUUCGCUUUUUGUCCCCCCUACAUAUGUAUGUAACACUGAUUUUAAUAUCGAAAUGUGUCAAAAUUAGUAAUUCAUUUUCAACAUCCAAGAAUACAGAACAAGAUGAGUACUGAUUCCAAUAAACUAGCCUGCAGUGCUAUUGCCGUUACCACCGGAAUAAUUGUUGGCUACCCGUUCGACACUUUAAAGACAAGACUUCAAAUUCUGGGGCGUAAAUCCCUUACCGCAAAAGCAUCACAUAAACCUUAUUACCCUGCCUUGUACUCCAGCUCCUUGGAUUGCCUGAUAAAAACGGUCCGACACGAAGGAGCACAAGGAUUGUUUAAAGGUUGCUGCCAGCUAUUUUGAUCCCUAGUUCCGAUAAAUUCUGCAGUUGUGUAUGUAAAUACCACAGGAGUCACAAUAACCUUACUGGGCCAAGCACCCACAUUUUGUCUGGGAUUUAUUGGCAUUGAUAUUGGGAAAAUUAUAGCAGAACGCAUGCUCCCAUCCACCGAAGGGGCCUUUAGCUUUUCUAAUUGGUCAGUCGCCACAAGUAUAUCGGGUGGGCUGACAACUCUUUUAAUGGCACCGGCUGAAAGGAUAAAAUCCAUCUUGCAAAUCCAAGCCGUUGGAACAACGCAUCGCCACUACAAUAAUGGGACUGUGUUAAGCAACUAUGGCGUACGGGUGGAAUUCGUAACUUGUAUAAAGGGAUUGGAAUCACGUAUGUGCGAGGAAUUACGCAAGCUGGCGUAUAUAUGCAUUGGGACGUGUGACACAAUUACUGCAAUGAUGACGCCAUCCAGUGGGAAAAUGAGUCAGACUCGAGCAAUAAUUACUCGUUGUUUGUGUGGUAUGCUAGUGAUGGCUGCAAUUUUACCUAUCGACACUGUCAAAACUAUUAUUCAGACAGCACCUGACGGUACCACGAAAUCUACCAAACAAGUCGUAACCCACACGUUAACAACGGAUGGAAUACCAGGAUUUUACAAAGGACUUGUUCCCAUCCUGAAGCGAGCCAUAAUUUUUAACAUUGUUACGUCUAGCUCAUUAACAUGGAUGCAUACUAUUUUGGAAGAACGGAGAGUUAAAAACAUCUAAAAUUAUCUGGUAUAAAAAGUGUAGAAUGGGAAAUAAAAACGUCUCAAUACAGCUUUGUAACAAAUUAUUAAAAAUUCUGCUUAUUUACUACA